AUGACCAGAAGCGAAUGAAAGUUGCCGUAAAGGUGUAACUUUCAUUCGAAGAAGACCCGCCGCGGUGGUACUUGGUACUCAUGUCCGGAAAUGUGCAGAGCGGUACCGGUAUGGUAGUACAGAUAAAUUUGAAAAUGAACGUUGUGUUUGCGAUCAUUGGUGUGCUUUCUGUGUUAGAUGGUUCAGUAUUGGGCGCCCCUGUAAGCUAUGCGGCCAAUCAGAGUUCGUCGGCGAUGCAGAUCGUUUUCAUUCCUGCGAGGUACAUCUACGGGGUCAUCCCUCCAGCACCUUACUACCCCCAUCACCAGCAAACCAGAGGCCCCCUCCAAUUCAUAGGCAACUGGAUCGACUCAUCGGACUGGUUCCCCAUCGAAGUCAACGUCCCGGACGUCUUCAGCAACAUCGGAUCUGGAGUGGGCAACGUAGCCCAAACGGUGGGUCAGCUAGCACAGAAUAUGGGUGCUGGGAUUAUGACCUUCACCCAGAACGUUGGGAGCGGGAUCCAAAACUUCGCACAAGGGAUUGGACAAAGGGUGCCCUUCAUUGCUGCCCUUGUUAGGCCAUCGACGACGCCGAAUGAAGGUCAGGAAGUAGCUCCGCAAAUGUAUAUGAUUCUAGUACCUGAGCGAGGAUAUGCAGGGGACCCGCCUUUGAGUCAGAUGGAGAGUGAAAUUCUAGAGACUUUUCCGUAAACGUGUUUGAUUGUGUGCAAAUACAUUUGAUUCACAUUUACAUGAAGUUUUUGUGAUGCUUGCAGUUAGAAGUACUAUAGUCAUAACUUGAAAUUUACUUCUCAGAGCAUCGCAAUUACGGUCGGCUGAAAUGUGUCAUUAUCAUAGUCAUACUUUUGCAAGGCAUAUCCAGACAAGGACUGGUAGGGAAUAAAAUAGAGAUUACGGUUUGGAAUCGCGAUCUGUGACAAGCAGCAAGCAUGAACUAAAGCAAGGCUAGGCAAUCUAUUCAACAGUCGAGCCAACUUGAUAGUUUUAGGAUCACUACGGAUUGCUAACCACCACCUUGACAAACUGCCUCGUCGAUUAUUUCAAACGUUGGAAAAUGUUUUGCUCUUCUCUUUGGUACCUUGGCGUGUUAUAUUGUGGUCUACAACCCAUGCGAUGAUUAGCCUGACAAAAUUAUAUAAGGACCGUAUCACCAGUCGUUAAAACAGUUUUAUAGGAUGCGCUCUAUUUUGAGGUUAUGUUACAAAUAUCUAUUUGCAUUAAAUUGUUCAUGCUUUGUAUUUAUAUCAUAUUUAUUAUCAGCACGGAAUUUAUUGUAGAUCAAAAAGAAAUCAUAGCCUCAUAAUAGGAGAGUGCUGGUGCUGAUACGGAACAGUUCAAAUCUAGAAAGAGAGAAAAGACGUCCUACGAUAAAAUUGUAGGAACGACUGAUGAUACGGCUCUAAGUCCCUUACCCUGUUGCAAUUGUUCUCAUUACGUAGAGAAUGCAGUACUGUGAAUGUAGUAUGGUAACUUUCUUUUGUUAUUC